AUGGAGUCUGCCAGGGAGCUGGUCGAAAGGCCAAUCCCUCACUUGAAGCAAAGUCGUGGCACUACGGACGACUCUAUGUCAGGAGAGGAUAUCUCAGCUCGGUUUCUCCAUGAGUGGAUUGGCUUUCCCAGGCAGGUGCUGACAUUGUGCAACACGUUGAGUCUCGAUGCCAAUGUCUCUGUGACUGACGACUCCGACAUGAAUGAGCACUACUAUGUUGGCAAUGAGUUGGGACUUACUGGAAGAUUCAACAAACACGUCUGCGACCCAGUCGCCAAGGUCCUUUCCGUGACGGAGCACGCUCACCUUACCUUUGGGGAUUUUCAAGCGGCUGUUCACACGCAAUUUAAUGAAGGCCCGGCGAAUAUGGCCCCGAUGCAGCCGCAUUUCGGUAUUAUGAACCCUACAGAAACACGUGCUCACUUGCUGAUGUAUCUAGGCCAAUUGGUGUCCUACGUGCGGACCAACCGACUGAAAUACGGCUUCCUUUCUACCUAUCGCAGCACCGUGUUUGUUCGCAGGACUGGCGAUUUUCGAUUUGAGUUGUCUCUGCCCAUCGCUGAACAAGCAACGAAACCGUCCCUCCGCCAGUGUUUCGUUGCGUUUUGUCUUCUCGCUUCUCAGGACGGCAAAUACACUGAGGCACCGGACUUCAAUCCCGCCCGCUUGAAAAUCCCUUUUGAACCAUUCGUUCAAGCCUCUAUACGACCAUCUCCCUUUCGUAAUGAAGUGGCCACGAAAACUAACACUCCACGAGAAGCCAUGGGGUCUGAGUCGAUCCUCUUCGGAGGCGAAGAUGGGGUGGCCCAGGAAUGGGUCAACUGCCAUCGGCUAAUCAAAGGAUCUCAUACCAAAGCACUCUAUGAGGUUACCUGGAACGGUCAGCCCGCUAUUGCGAAAUGUUGGUCAAACGCACGUCACCAAGGAUACGUACACGAGGUCAGCACAUACGAAAGGCUGUACCAGUUGAGGCCAGCAGGGUUCGAGUUUUUCGCCCCUCUUCAGACUCACGGAAAAAUCGUCUGCUCCUCGGUAUUCCCCAAAGGACACAUCAUGAUAAUCAAGAAAGUCCAAGGCGAGCCCUUGGACCGUCAGUGGGACCUCCUCUCUUCGGAUCACUGGGACCAUAUACGCGCGACUAUCUACAAGGCCGUCGAGGUGUUGAGACGCAUCGGGUACAUAUCAGUUGAUUCGGGAAAACACAAUGUCCUCUACUCACCAGACACCCGGACUGUAACCAUGGUGGAUUUCGAGCUGAUGCAGAAGUGCGAUCAGAGCACGAUGAGCGCGGAACUCCCAGAGAUGCAUGCUAUCUUCGGAAAGCCGCCCGCAUCCGGUUCUCAGCGUCAUCUGGGUGGUUAA